AUGGCGCCGUUCGUGUCCAAGCUGAUCUCGCCGCCUCCGUGCCACUCCACCUCCACCUGGAGCCGCCGCCUCCUUCCCAAUCCGAGCCCGGCCGGCUGUCGAAUCGCGCCGCCGCCGCCGCCCAGCCUGAGUCCAGCGAGGCGCUUCGCCCCGAGCUGCGCCUCCGCGUCAGACCGUGCCGGCGCGACGACGGCGGACCUGGCCGCAGCCGAGGAGGAGGAGGCGGAGGAGCUCGAUGACCUGCCGUUUGUCCAGCUGUCUUCAGACAUCCUCCAGACGGAGCUGAGUUUGCUCAAGGCCGACGCGCCCCCGGCCGGCGACGACUCGCCUCUCGGCACCACCGCCCUUGAGGACGGAGACGGCGAGGAUGCGUUGUACGCGGCCUGCCUCGCCGGGAACGUGACCGAGCAGCUGUGGAACUUCACCUGGCCCGCCGCCAUCGCCACGCUGCACCCCAGCCUCCUCCCCGUCGCCGUCCUCGGCUUCUUCUCAAAGCUCGUGGUGUUCGCGGCGGGCCCGCUGGUGGGGGAUCUCGUGAGCUCGCUCCCCCGGAUCCCCGCGUACCGAUCUCUGACGGUGAUCCAGACAGCAGCGCACCUGGUGUCGGCGGCGAUGGUCACGUACGCCUUCACCGUCCCUCGAACUUCAUCUGCCUCGGCGCUGCUCCUGCAGCCGUGGUUCGCCGCGCUGGUGGCGUCCACGGCCGUCAACCGCCUCUCCUGCGUCUCCCUCGGCGUCAUCGCCGAGUGCGACUUUGUCGUCCAGCUAGCAGGGGAAGGCAGGCCGAUCGCACUGGCGCGGGCGAACGCGGCGCUCAGCAGGGUCGAUCUCCUCUGCGAGACGGCGGGGGCGUCCAUCUUCGCAGUGCUGCUCUCCAGGAAUGACCCGCUGACCUGCGUCAGGCUCUCCUGCGCCAUCUCGCUCUGCGCCCUGCCCCUUCUGUUUUUUCUAGGCGGCGCCAUGAACCGGCUCGCGGACGGCAUCUUCGACCGCUCUGCUAGUGCUAGUCCGGGCCCGCUCGAGCGGUCCGGACGACAUGGGAGGAGCACGGCGGUCGGCGAGGCCUGGGAGACCAUCAGGCGCGGCUGGACGGAGUACCUCCGGCAGCCCGUCCUCCCGGCGAGCCUCGCCUACGUGCUCGUCUGCUUCAACGUCGCGCUCGCGCCCGGCGCUCUCAUGACCACCUUCCUCAUCCACCACGGCGCGAGCGCGACGGUGCUCGGCGCGUUCGGCGGCUCGUCGGCGGUGGUGGGGAUUCUGGCCACGUUCGUGACUCCAUACCUUGUCAAAGAGCUGGGCAUUCUCAAGGCCGGGGCGGCAGGGCUGGUCGCACAGAGCGCGCUCCUCGGCGCGGCGGUCGUGGUCUUCCUCACCGGCCCUGUCUCGCGGCGCGGCGCCCUCUUCGCUUUCCUCGGCUUCAUCGUAACGCCACCCAUCGACACUCCCUUCUAUUCUCAUCACGGCGGCAUGGAGACCCUGAGCUCGAUCGGAGGACGUGAACGUCAUGAUGGUAUGCAUGCAAUGCAGGUGGCGUCGCGGCUGGGGCACAUGGCGUACAGCGUCAUCGGGCUGCAGGUGGUGCAGACGGGGAACCCCAUGGGGAAGGCCAAGCUGAUCGGCGCCACGGAGAUCGCGGUGGCCAGCCUCGCCGAGCUCGCCAUGAUGGCCGUCGCCGCCAUCGCCGGGGACGCCGCGCACUUCGGCUGCCUGGCAGUGCUCUCGGCCGCGUCCGUCGCCGCCGCCGCAUGCCUGUUCUGCGCGUGGCUGGCCAACCCCACCGACGAGCUCAGGAGGCUCUUCCCAUGCUGA